CUAUCUGCCAAAUCAGUUGUCUGUUGGCUGGUCUACGGAGAGGUAGCGUAGUUUAUCGAGCGCUGGACCGAAUGUUCGGCUGCUGCAGUAGGUCGAAGUCAAUGAGCUUCGUGUAUGUCCAAAGUCCAGCGGGUUUCGACGUCGAACAUCAUCGUGGCCAGAUUCUGGGAUAAACUUUCGGUGACAUUUGCUGCAGCGUACAAAUAUUUCGCGAUGUCGGACAUUACGAAUGGCGUUGAGUCGACUGCCUCUAGAUCCCCAGCAGCUGCUGUGGAUAAUAAACUAUUGUCAACUCACCAGCCUCUACCCCAGGAUAUAUCGAGACCAACACUGGCCGGGCUUCAGACAGUACCUAAUGGAGACGUCCAUGUCCGGUCGACAAGUUCCACUCACCCCACAACACAGGGCACUUCCAAUGGAUCCAACGUGACAACAGGUAGCGACAGUUCGAUUCAGGGCGCAAUACAUCGAUACUACACGGAUCAACAACCUCUCAAAACUUCGAUGUCGAGACCUACGUCAUUUCCGGAUUCACAGAGUCCCUGCAGGUAUCCUCCGAGUGUUCUGGAAGAGUCAUCAAUUUCACGUCGCAGUCAAAUAGACCUCUUAAAUUCACAACAAUCAGUGCUGAAAUCUUCAUGUGAAAUUCCAAUGACUAGAACCCUAACACCCAGCAAUUCGGAGCCAUAUUACACUUCCCACCGAGCUAUUCCCAUAGGCCUAUAUAAGAGUAUGUCCAGUAACAACAUCCCACCCCCGGUUGUACCUUAUUACCCUGGCAGAAUAACUCAGCUUCAGAUGAGGCCGUGGAGGUAUCCAAGCAGCAGUGUCGCACGGCCCGUUGGACUGCCUUACAGCAUCUCGCAACAGUCACUGAACAGCCGUGUUGGCUGUCAGUGUCAGUGCGAUAGCAAUCGAAAACAGAGCGGUGAAGGCUCAAGUCUGACCGAAGAAGGUGCAAUGACUCCAGAGGGUUUAUCUUGGCGCCGGUUGCAUAUGAGCAGGGCGAAACUGAAAGCCACGGCCACUACCUCGGAACUUCUGUCUGGAUUCGCUAUGGUAGCAAUGGUGGAGCUUCAAAUUAACGAGCCGACAAACGUCCCCGAGUGGCUGUUUGUCAUGUUUUCUGUGUGUACCACCGUUCUCGUGGCAGUGCACAUUUUUGCGCUGAUGAUCAGUACAUAUCUGCUACCAAAUAUUGACGCCAUCAGCAAACUACAGGUCCAGGAGCUGGUCAGUCAGUCGCCACACGAAAGAAUGCGCGGUUUUAUAGAACUCGCAUGGGCAUUCUCAACUGUACUAGGAUUAUUUCUCUUCUUGGUAGAAGUGGCCAUCUUGUGCUGGGUUAAGUUCUGGGACUACUCGUUCACAGCCGCGUGGGCGGCGACAAUCAUCGUGAUCCCUGUCCUGAUAGUGUUUGUCGCAUUUGCAGUCCAUUUUUAUCACAACCUUGUAGUGUAUAAAUGUGAAUCCACAGUGACUGACCUCCAGAAACUGGAGAAUAUGAAGAAACAUUUAGACGCUGUCGGCUGCAAUCCCGUCUGAUUUAAGAUCAAGUGCCAAGCCCCCCCCCCCCAGAAAGUUAGAUUUUGGUACCUGAUACUUGUGCAAAGUGUGGGAUAUAUUACGUAAUUGUAUGAAAUAAAUUAUAGCAACCUAUGUAAUAAUAAGUACUAUUUGAAGUAUUAUUUGAAAUGUAAUAAAGUUUCACAUUAAAGUGGGAGCUCUUAAAUGUGAUAAGUUGUAAUUAAAUAAAGCAUACCACAAAAUGAA